CAGAGGUCGCCCCGCUCCUACCCUCGUCUCCUCCAAGAUGGCGAGCGGCGGCAGCGGCGGGGUGUCGGUUCCUGCGCUGUGGAGUGAGGUGAACCGUUAUGGCCAGAACGGCGACUUCACACGUGCCCUCAAGACCGUCAACAAGAUAUUGCAGAUCAACAAGGAUGAUGUCACCGCCCUGCACUGCAAAGUUGUUUGCCUUAUCCAGAAUGGAAGUUUCAAAGAAGCCUUGAACGUCAUCAAUACUCACACCAAAGUGUUAGCCGAUAACUCUCUCUCCUUUGAGAAGGCGUAUUGUGAGUACAGGCUGAACAGAAUUGAAAAUGCCUUGAAGACAAUAGAAAGUGCCAGCCAGCAGACAGACAAACUAAAGGAGCUUUACGGACAAGUGCUCUACCGCUUGGAACGGUACGACGAGUGCUUGGCUGUGUAUAGAGAUCUUGUCCGGAACUCUCAGGACGAUUAUGACGAGGAACGCAAAACAAACCUGUCGGCAGUUGUUGCAGCGCAAAGCAAUUGGGAGAAGGUGGUUCCAGAGAACUUGGGUCUCCAAGAAGGCACACAUGAGCUCUGCUACAAUGCUGCCUGUGCACUGAUAGGGCAAGGCCAGCUGAACCAGGCCAUGAAAAUCCUACAGAAAGCUGAAGAUCUUUGUCGCCGUUCAUUUUCAGAAGAUUCUGAUGGGACUGAGGAAGACCCACAGGCAGAGCUGGCCAUCAUUCAUGGUCAGAUGGCGUAUAUCCUGCAGCUGCAGGGUCGCACCGAGGAGGCACUGCAGCUCUACAAUCAGAUAAUAAAACUGAAGCCAACAGACGUGGCUCUACUUGCUGUAAUCGCAAAUAACAUCAUCACCAUUAAUAAGGACCAAAAUGUCUUUGACUCCAAGAAGAAAGUAAAAUUAACCAAUGCAGAAGGAGUAGAGUUCAAGCUCUCUAAGAGACAGCUGCAAGCCAUAGAGUUUAACAAAGCUUUGCUGGCUAUGUAUACAAACCAGGCAGAACAGUGCCGAAAAAUAUCUGCCAGCUUGCAGUCCCAGAGUCCUGAGCGUCUCUUGCCUGUGUUAAUCCAAGCUGCCCAGCUCUGCCGUGAAAAGCAACACACAAAAGCAAUAGAGCUGCUUCAGGAAUUUUCUGAUCAACAUCCAGAAAAUGCCGCCGAAAUCAAGCUUACCAUGGCACAAUUGAAGAUUUCUCAAGGCAAUAUUUCCAAAGCUUGUCUAAUACUGAGAAGCAUAGAGGAGUUAAAGCAUAAGCCAGGCAUGGUGUCUGCCUUAGUGACCAUGUACAGCCACGAAGAAGAUAUCGAUAGUGCCAUUGAGGUCUUCACACAAGCUAUCCAGUGGUAUCAAAGCCAUCAGCCCAAAUCCCCUGCUCAUUUGUCCUUGAUAAGAGAAGCUGCAAACUUCAAGCUCAAGUAUGGACGGAAGAAGGAAGCAGUUAGUGACCUAGAACAGCUGUGGAAGCAAAAUUCAAAAGAUAUUCACACCCUAGCCCAGCUUAUUUCUGCUUACUCGCUUGUGGAUCCUGAGAAAGCAAAGGCUCUUAGUAAACACUUGCCUUCAUCGGAUAGCAUGUCUCUAAAAGUGGAUGUCGAGGCUCUUGAAAAUUCUCCUGGUGCUACGUACAUUCGGAAGAAGGGUGGAAAGGUUACUGGAGAUAAUCAGCCGAAGGAACAAGGACAGGGAGAUCUGAAAAAGAAGAAGAAAAAAAAGAAAGGAAAGCUGCCUAAGAAUUAUGACCCAAAAGUCACGCCAGAUCCGGAAAGAUGGCUGCCCAUGCGAGAACGGUCUUACUACCGAGGAAGAAAGAAGGGGAAAAAGAAGGACCAGAUUGGAAAAGGAACACAGGGAGCGACCGCAGGGACCUCCUCUGAACUAGAUGCCAGUAAAACUGUGAGCAGCCCACCCACCUCCCCAAGACCUGGCAGUGCAGCAACAAUAUCUUCCUCUACAAGUAACAUCGUGCCCCCAAGACACCAGAAGCCCGCAGGGGCCCCAGCAACGAAAAAGAAACAGCAACAGAAGAAGAAGAAAGGAGGCAAAAGUGGCUGGUGAAUACAAUGUACUUGUCGCAGGCUGUUCUUAAUCCAGUGCCAGUGACAUUAGGAACAUAAUAAAGGUAACACAGCAAGAGGCACAGAGCUCCCUCCUCCAUCCCCAGAGUCCUGAAGUGAUUUCUUAUACUUCAAGUGGGAAGACGUCCUCCUCAAACUGUCUAAUCAGAUUUGGCCUACUUGUACCAAAUAGCUUUACAGAAGACUGAAGACUGAGCAUUAGACGCGCUUUCUAAGGGUUCCCAGGAUUGAAAUGGAAACUAGUGUGAAGAUACGUGUUCCUAUUCAAGUCUCACCUUAAAUUAUGUCUUAGGAGGCUAAAGGUGGAAUCUUCUGAGCAUUCCAAGUAUUUGUUUAGAGCUAUCAUGUGAUGAAAAGGGAUCUCAGUGAAUGAGUGGCCAGAAAGACUCAGUGUCUAAAAUAAUUUUCACCAUAAAUCCUCUGUCCUGCGACACUGGAAUUGGAGCUCUCACAUGUGUGUAUGUGUGCACAUCUGACUGGCUCCUUUGUACCCUUGUCAUUUUCAUCCUCAGAUUAUGUUAACAUGCUGAUUUAGUUCCACUGCAGACCUCAAGAAGAUAUAUCAAUGUUACAAGUAGUUGUCACUUAGACCCAGCGUUCUGAGGGCAAAUGGGUUUGGGCUUCUUAAUCAGAACACUUAAUGGCCACUAUCAAGAACAUAAACUUUGACUUCUUUAUUUUAAGAGGAAACAGGCGGUAUUGAAAUUCACCAGAGCUUUUGGCCCAGCUAAUACUCAGAUGGCGCCCCUUCUUUAUGGGACAUGGCCUUUCAUUACCUUCUUCAAAGUAAUGUGGUUUGCAGUCGCUUUGUGGUGUAAAUGUUGCUCUUGUCUUUCAUGGCUAGCAGGCCACUUUCCUACUCAAACAGUUGUGAGGCACACCUGGGUGUCUCCCAUGUUCAGUACUCGUUUAUGCCACCACGCUAUCAUUCAUUUUACACUUCUGUUUCCUUGUGAUCACAUUACUCUGUCCUUGUUAAUAAAAGUGCUGCUGUGUUUGAGCAUUA